AGUCACAAAGCGAACGGCGACUGGAAAAGUUCAAGUGGCAAACCCGAGCGCAGAAAAAAAUCUAAGAAAGCGGUGAAAACACGCAGUGAAUUUCUGGAAUAAAAAAUUGAAAGGAAAAUCACAAAAGUGGAGCAAAAGUGGAAACCUUGAAAAGUGUGAGAGGAAAACGGAAAAGCUAAUUGAAAAUAACAAAGAUCAAGAAUUUUGAAGUCUUGGAAAACCAAACUCAACCAAAUUGUGCUGUGAGAUUAAGUGUGUAAUAUACAUAUAAAUUCAUAUAUAUAUAUAUAUGUAUAGCAACAACGACUGGCUUGGUCUGCCUUGAUGAUCACAAAUUUCAAUUGAAUUUAAUCAAAAUCACAAGAAAAAGCCAGCGAGAGAAAUCAUAAAAAGCAAAAUAAACUAGGGAUUUAAUUUUGAGUGCCUUGCAAUGUGUUAGUCUGUGUGUGUGUGUGCGCGUGUGUGUGUGUAUCUGUGUGUGUGACCGAGAAACUUAGAAUUCGGUGGCAAUUUUACCCUCUUCUCACCACUGGCCGCUUUUCAUUGAAACGAACUUCAAAACUGUCAACGAGUCUAUGCGAGUAGCCAAGUGAAAAAGUCGGGAAAAUGGGGAAAAUGGUCAGCGAGGAAAUGGCCACGGAUCCGGCGAUAACGGAAAAGGUCGAGCUAUCGCGAUUCGGAGAAUUCUGCGUGCGGCGCGGCAUCAAUCCCAACCUGAUAAUGCUGAAAAUAACACUUUUUGUGAUGUAUGGCGCCACCUCAUCCCUUUUGCCCUACCUAACGAUUCACAUGCAGUCGAUUGGCCUCACGGUGGAGGAGAUUGCAAUUAUCUACCUGGCCCUGCCCUUCACCACUUUCCUUAGCCCGCCCAUCACAGGCUUCCUCGUUGACAAAUUUGGCAAAUACAAACCGGUCGUUGUGAUGAGUCUGCUCCUGAAUGCAAUUUUCCAUCACUCGCUGCUCUUUAUACCGCAGCAGGAGAUUCCGGGCGUGGUGCCAUCGGCGUUCGUAUUGAGACAUCCAAACAGCGGCGAUAUUGAGGUCUGGUGGUCUCCGUGUCCGAGUCGAGAAUGUCCGGAGGAGCCAGAGCUUGAAUUGGCCGUGCAUCAGUGCGUCGACUAUUGUUUGAUGCAGGAGCAAGUUAAUCCGCAGCUUUACACGAAUACCAUGCCCCCCACCACCACCACUAUCACCACCACCCAGAGAUCCCAGCUAACGGCAACCACAGCAGGGAUAUCCCCGACCACGACCACAAUGGUACCCUCGUCCUCUGCAGUGGGCACAUCGCCAGCACCGACCACAUCGACCACCACAUCGCCGGCGUCAUCAUUGCCAGCAUUAUUCGCCACGCAGACGAGGAGCAGAUACCAAGAAGUACUUAAUAUGUCAUCGACCAUGUUCCCGCCAAUGUCCCAGCUGAAGGAGGCGGUGGCAGCGGGUCCGAAUCCGGAGCAGGGCCCGUCAUCGUCAGCCGAACUGUCGGUCCUGUCCAUGCAGGGAUUGAAUCUGACAGAUAGCAGCAGUCAGAAGAAGGCACCUUGGACCAGUUGGGUGCACUCUGAUAAUGACGAUGCCACCUACUUCAUGCUGCAAAUGCAUCCCGAUCUGGCUGAUCCCACCGAGCAAUUGGGCAUGGAAAUUGAACAGGAUGCCAACGAGACGGUUACCGACAUCCGGCAGAGAUUUGGUGAGGACUAUUUGGUCAGGGGUAAAAUUAAUCUCACCGAUAUGGACGAUCUGGAUUUGCGAUGUGGCGGCUUAGUUCGACGCACAAAUAUGUCGAGUAUGGGAUCCGGAGCUGUUAAAUGCAUGAUGCAGCGUUGUACUUUCACAUUGAAUGCACCCGAAAUAUGUCCACCGGACUAUAAAGAGACCGAUGAGAUUAUUUUCUGGGUGUACUUUUUGCUAAGAUUUUUGGCCACCACAAUGCUGUCAGCCGGAGUAACCAUCAUGGAUCCAAUUGCCCUGACAAUGAUUGAGAAGUACGGUGGUGAUUUUGGACGAGAGCGUUUGUUCUCCAGCAUCGGCAUGGCCAUAUUCUCGCCGAUAACGGGCAUUAUGAUUGAUUACUCCUCGAGGGGAUUGGGUUAUACGGAUUAUUCGGCAGCCUUCUAUACGUACGAUGUUUUGCUGGUAAUAUCCACCAUGUCGGUACUAAUGAUGCCUCUUGGUGAGAAAUUACCAGCUGAUAAUGUGUUCCGAGAUCUUUGGAAUCUACUCAAAAUGCCGCAUGUGAUUGCCUUCAUUUGUUUCCUGUUUGUACUCGGUAAUUUCUGGGGCUUCAUUGAGAGUUUCCUAUUCCUGUAUCUCAAGGAACUGGGUGCUCCAAACUAUCUGUUGGGUAUCACCAUCACUGUGGGCACCGUGAGCAGUAUUCCUUUUCUCUAUGGGGCGGAGAAAAUCACAAGAAUCUUUGGGCACGUUAAUCUGAUUAUUAUCGCGUUCUUUUCGCACGCCGGUCGCCUGGUGGGCUACUCCUUCAUCGAGAAUGCCUGGUGGUGUUUUCCGUUCGAGGCCAUGGAGUCGUUAUCCUGCCAUCUGAUGUGGGUGGCAGCGGCGACCUACUGCUCGAUUCUGGCACCAAAAAGUCUGCUGGCCACCCUGAUUGGCGUCCUGGGCAUGGCCCAUUUCAGUUUGGGGCGCGGCAGUGGUAGUUUUACUGGAGGACUCCUUAUUGGUCAGUUCGGCACUCGAGACGCCUUUCGGUAUAUGGGUCUGCUGGCUGUGGUCGGAGGCAUUGCCUAUGGGCUGCUCCAUUUGAUUUGGCUGCGGAAAUUCGAUCACACAACAGAGGAAUCCGAGGAGGAAGUGGAGGCCGUGGAGGCCGGCGAAACGGAGAAGCUUACCGAACCGGCCACAAAGGAGCAGGGCACUUCGAUGUCCUUGGAGCGGCUGAGUUUGAUGAUUAAAUACAAUCAGAUUGGCAGCUUGUCAUCGCUGCCCAGGGGAUCGCGGGCCGAUAUCCAUGACCAUCUGUCGGUGCGUCGCAGCAGCUACAACGUGGAGUCCUUGAGGGGUGUUCCGCGGCACGGCAACAUUGGGAGUGCCUCCAAAGUGGAUAUCCUGCGCUCCGCGCUAGAGAUUAAUCACAAGUCCUCGAACAAUUCGAUGCUGAGCAAGGCCGAUAACAAGACGUCGAAUCAAUCAUUGGGCCGCAAUCGGGCGGACAGUGCCCCGAAAUUGAAUCACAGCAAUCUGAAGAAUAUUUCACAGCCAGCCCUUGAGGGCGUUGUCCUGGAGGAUCAGGAGGGUCGCAAGGUCAUUCCCGAGGAGACGGAGUUGCACGCCUCGAAGACCACCGUGAAUUUGGGGGACGAAAAGGUGGAAUCGCCACCACAGCAACAACAACAAGCAAAUGGAAAUGGGAAAAGUCUACCGCAGCAGCAGCAGGAUGAUGAAAAAUCCGACGCCACUUGAUGGACUGCCAAUCCAAUUCUCUGACCUGCCACACGUGGCGUAUGAGUGAUAUUAAUAAGCCAAAAGCGAAGGGGAGAAUGAGGAAGAGAAAAAUAAAAUUGAUAAACGAAAACUAUUGUUUAGUUGUACAUGUGUGUGUUAUGUUAUAUAAAUGUAUAUGUCUAUGUAUAAAUUAUGCAAAAACCGAAAAACUGAAUAAACAAAAAUUGUUGCAAACACAA